CUGGGAUUCGAAGUCAUGCGCCUUGAUUCACACCUCCUCCUCCAUUACUCGCGCCAUCCAUAUUCUCAAUUCUUCGCACUACCGGAACGAGCCCUGUUUUAAUGUCGACAUCUUUACAAGUCUUGGAACGAUUAAUCCGAAACUCUCAUCCGCGUUGACUGCUUUGAACACUCAUCAUGCUGGGAGUUGAGCCUGGCCUUUCGGCUAUGGCCAGCGCAGGCUACGUCCAGAUUACAUUGAUCUGGGUUGUCUAUGCUAUUGCAGUGGCCAUUUUGCUGUCAAUUGCCUGUCUAUUCGUCUAUCUCUACCAGGCCCAUCGCGAAAGAUCCCUCCUUGUUACGAUAGUCUGCAUCUUCACCAUCACCUGUCUGCUGGCGACUGUGCUCCUCCUACCGGUCGAUGUUGCUUUGGUCUCAAGUACGACAAGUUCCAAACUAGGCAGACGAAAAGAUUGGGCGAACCAAGGCAAGAUUGACAACAUCACAUACACACUGCGCAUUGUGUAUUACCUUCUCUACUCUUUGGACGCCUUGCUCUGUCUGCUUGUAGUGCCGUUCACCUACUUCUGGUACGAAGAAUAUGACGAAGUUGCGCAAGAGGAGGGAUCACAGACAUUUGUGUCCAGGUUCUGGGCUGCAUUUAAAUACACCUUGAUCUUCAUCUUCCUUUGCGUCGCCUUAUUCUUGGUCGGCUUCUUCGUUCCAGUUGCUCGUCAUAGGGAAGGCGCGCAUUUUGAUCUAGACUUCUUCAAACAUCUGUUAUCGGAAAACCAUGGAGAACGGGCCCUGACCUUUGCACUUGGCCUCCUCAUUACAAUUGGCGUCCUCAUGUACUGCUUCUACACUGCAGCCGGCCUGGCUCUUUUGCCACUCACCUUGAUCAAGUCAGCUCCGGCCAUCUCUGCACCAGCAUUGAGCGAAACAACCUCCUCACAAUUGGAAAGUAACCUUGAACGACAGAGGCAGCUCGAAGGUCGUGCUCAUGGCAACCCGGACGGUUUGUCAUCCAAAGAUCAACGAGAGUUAGAUGCUUUGGUUCGCGAAGAACGCACAUUGCGCCGCCACCAAAGGCUGGCAGCAGAGGCUUCGGGCGAGGACCAGAACAUCUUCUGGAAGAUUUGGAUCAAAAUUGAGGCCAUCUUUCGACCCAUCAAGCUCAUUCUCGGCAUCAUUCUUGUCAUUAUCGUUCUCCUCAUUUUUGCCAGUAUGCUCAUUACCGGCAUCGACAAAGCUAAAAACUCGAUCUGUAAGAGGCAUUGUGGCUACCUCCUGGCUCAUAUCAACAUCUUCCAGCCGAUCAAUUGGAUCCUGGUCAAGUCGUCCGAGGUUUUCCCGAUUGACUAUAUCAUCUUCCUCUUGCUAGUGAUGCUCUUCUUCAGUGCGAGUAUCAUCGGCAUCGCUACAAUUGGUAUUCGAGUGCUCUGGAUCACGAUUUUUAGAAUCCGGAAGGCACACACAUCUCCUCAAGCUCUGCUCAUUGCGACUGUUAUGCUCACCCUCAUGACCCUGGCCAUCAACUACUCCAUUGCCAUGAUGGUGGCUCCACAGUACGCCACCUUCGGGCCGCAAACAUUUUGCGAUCAUCCGCCGAAACAUCCAGGUGAACAGCCCGACUGUUCGGACCACCCUCAACACAUUAUACCCUGCACUGAGAUCAGCGACAACCCGGCUGCAAGAAAUGUCUGUACACCUUCGGUGGUGUCUACGUUUCUGAACCGAGUUACUGUGAAUUUCCCCUUCUUCGGUGUCGUCGACUUUUGGGCCCAAUUUGUCUUUUUAGGCAUUUUCCUUCUCGGAUUUGUAGUUCUGCUCUUCCGCACACCGAAAUUGUCUGAUCCAGAAGCGGAGGAAGACGAGCUUGAGGAGGAAGAAGAGGGUCUUCUCGCCAGUACAGGCCGUAGGUUUGGAGCUACUUGGCAGGAUAUCACUGGAAGAGCCGGCCGCCCUGGAGGACGAGGAAACAGGGACGGUACAGGUGAUGACUAGUCACACACACAUUAACGAUGGGGAUUAUUCUGACCAAGAUGAGGAGAGGGUGUAUGAAGAUAUGUACAAGAGAACUUUCCAGAUGUUGAUGACUUCGAGUUGAAAUGGGCUUGGUAACGUUUAUCAAGAGAGGCGUCGUUUGUGUAGCGCACGAUGUCCCUAUGCGAUAAUAAUAGGAUUGUAUCCUUCAGGCGAUGAACUUGUUCCUUCCGCUGCCAGCAUACGAGCUCGUUGUUACUGUCACCGUCCCUCCAGGCCCCAGCCAACCUCAGCAUGCCCUCUUCAGGGUCGGACGAUUCUGUCGCCCCUAAUCGUUCAAUUUAGUAGAAAUGUGAGACUUGGUAGAGUUGUACGGAAGGUGAGGAUUUGAUCUGCUGAACGA